GUAGUAAAAGCAAUCUUGCAUAAGAAGCUCCUUCCCCAUUCCACAAUCAAGCACUUGUACACAGCUUCUGAUCAAAAUUUCCCCGCGCAUUUCACAUAGAGAGAGAGAGAGAGAGAGAUCUGCAAUGGAGGCUAGCUUGGUUGUUGCAGAGGUUAUGGAGGCUAAAGGGGGAGCUCAGAACAAGAUCAACGAAGAGAAGCUCGCUGUUGCUGUUGUUGGUAAUGGCGGUGCGAGCAAGAUUGCUUCUGCUGAAUCGAAGAAGAAGAAGAAGAACAAGAAUCGGAUUCACGUCUCCAACACUAAGAAACCGUUCUACUUCUACAUCAAUCUUGCAAAGAAAUACAUCAAGCAGUACAAGAGCGUUGAACUCUCUGCCCUUGGAACCGCUAUUCCUACUGUGAUCACAAUUUCUGAGUUUCUGAAGCGUGAUGGACUGGCAGUCGAAAAGAAGAUCAGCAUAUCAACUGUUAGCUCAAAGGAUGACAAGGAUGGCCAAAUGAUUGGGAAGAAGUCUCAGAUUGAAAUUGCGCUGGAAUUAGCUGCAGAAGUGACCAAGACCUCUGUUGAAAAACCAUCAGAGAAAGCCGAUGUUAACAAAGCAUGAAUUAAGUGACACUGUAAUUUCAUUCUGGGAACAAAUUUCUGGUUUUUUUCCCUUUUUUUUUUUUUUUUUUUUUCCAUCAGUUUAGUUGGACAUGAAAUAUGAUUGGUACUAACUGGCUCUGUAGGCCAGUUCUGUUAGAGGUUCCAGUAGCAUAAUCAAGUAAUAUGAGAUCCAUUAAAGGAACUCUUGUGGGCAUUGAAAUGCUGUUGUCCCAUAUAGCAUGUACUGCACAUAUAAUAGAAUGUUCCAUAUAUCCUGUUUUACACAUAUAAUAGAAAGCUUACCUACCUUUUAUCUCUC